AUGGGGCAAUACUUAAUUCCAAUUUUAUAUCCAUCUAACACGUUUUCAACAUCAACAGUCGUUUUUGAAAGCGACUGCGUUCCAAUUAGUCAAGAUCUAAAUGAAAAAUUAGGAAAAGCUCUUCCAUGUCCAAUUCCGAACCAAACGAUGUCAGCGGUUUGCAAAUCCUGUCCGAAAAUUGUUUGUAUGAUGGAUUAUAGUUUAGAUGAUGCGAUACUCCAAUACCGAAAAUUAUUUUAUUCAGUAGAUGAAAGGUCACCCAAGGAUUGCAUUAUUGAUGAUCUACUCGAUCAUAUUGAGAGAUGGACAUUGAAUUCAACGCCAGUUAUUAUUGAUUAUGGAGGUGGAUUUACCACAGAACAUUUACAUUUGAUACAAUGUGCGUUUCCUAAAUCUAUGAUUUAUUCAGUUGAUAUUCUAUACGAAAAGCUAGAUUUAUGGGUCUGUAAGAUCAACGAAGACGAAACAAAAUGGUGUUUUAUACCUGUUUUUCCUUGUACAGGUGAUUUCAACCAGGAUAAACUGAUUGAACAUAUACGACAAGAGUUGAAGGGAUCAACAUCAGUUUGGAACGGUAUUGAAAUAUCUGAACUGAAGUUUUUUUCGAAAAUCGAUCAUUUGAAAAUUUAUGAUCCAUAUUCAGAAAUUCUUGAAUUGAAAGAAAUCAAUUUUAUUGAUACAACAGAAAAAUGUGAAAUUAUUCCAUGUUCUGUAUUUAUGGCUUAUUAUACUGGUCCCUUUACCCCAUGCGUCAAGUCUCUGAAACCAAAAGGUUUGUUUGAUCCUAUUCAUACAAAACUCGAUAUGGAUAAUGCUUACGGAGAACGAAGUCGCUCAAGAUUUAUCGAUAGGUUUAAUGGAACAACUACUACAAUCAAUAACGGAAACACUAAAUGGAAUAAUGUUCAUACUUACUUAGAAGAGUUAAAAUCAAUAUUGUCUGACAAAACAACAAUUUUACCACCCCCAAGCUUACCAUUUAAUGGUUGGCUCAAUACUAACAUGAUUUCAAAACAUUUGGAUGGACAACUUUCACGAAACACUACGAAGAGCAGUUUUCUCGAUCCAUUGGCAGAAUCAUUUUGUAUCAAAGGAAACGUUUUAUCAUCUGUUGAAUGUUUAAAUUUAAACUCUUUCCUUGCUGAAAAUGGUAUUGAAUUUCUUACUUCUUCGAAUGUUCGACAGAUUAUUGAGCAACAUGUAGGAGGGUU